ACAUCCUCGAUGCAUUGCUUGUAUUUUUUUCAUUCUCGUUCGAUGCUAGCGGAGAGAAUCCAGCUCCAGCGCCAACAUCGGUGCAGAGCGCUGUGGCUGGCAGUAAACUAAGCUCAGCUUUGCGUCGCAAGUCACCGCCGCGAGCACAUGAGAAACGACUCGCGAGCAUCGGAGCAACGCGUCCUUUUCUUCCUCGACUCGGUUGCAUCUGGGCAUGCUGACGCUUGCACCUGGUUAGGGUGGCAUAACGUCGGUCAUUCCAAUACUUUCUUCGGCGAGCAACGAGCAUGGCAAGCCAGCAGCCCAAAAGCGAAGCAGGCUCACCGACGGAGCUGGACGCUGCAGAAGUGGAGCGGCGACGCAAGCAGCGCGACCUCAAGCGGAAGUCCCGCGAACGGAAGAAGAGGAAUCUCUUAGAGCUACAGACAACCGCUCAGGCACUUGAGCUCGAGUACAAGCAGCUAUUCGCCGCGAAGCUCGUGAGGGAGCAGCAGCAAUUGGACACGACCGCUGCAAUGAAGAGCGAGCCGAACGCGACAGACAUCGAGCAGCCCCGACUGGUAGAGCUGCAGGAGAAAUACAAGGCCGUACGGCAGGAGAUGCACGAGCUCCGAGAACAGAUGACUGGCUUCAAGCAAAAGCUCGAAGAGUACGAGCGCUUUAUCGCGAUGCUGGACGGUCAUCUUAUGGGGUUCCAAGACACUCAGACACGACAAGAAGAGCCGACCAGCUAAGACCCUGCAUGGUUCAGCUGAAGCGAUGCGAUGGAUGCCCAGAUAGUCAAAAGGAAGCGUAAAGGGCAAGAAACAGGUUGUUAAUGGACGUCCCAAGAUGAAAAGUGGACGAGAGCGAUGUCAGCGCGGAGGGAGGUGGAUACUGAGAGGGUAAUUAUCAAUCUACAUGCUGUAGGCGUAGCUCCCGAGGAGCGAAGGGAGCUUGCUCGUCCGCGGCAUUAAGCAUUAAAAACGUUCCCCAUUUCGCGUCGUCUCCAACGAUGCAAGAAGUUCGUUCCCACAGGAUUGGAAACACAGUUUACAUUACGCUAGAUAUGGUAUUGUGGACGUAAACACCGCAUAUGGUGCACCUGCGAAUUGGUUCAUAGUGGGGCGGUGGGCGUGGAAGAGCAGUUUAUUGAAGUUCUUUCCUUUGAAUUUCAAAAAAAUCAUGACCUGCCUAGGCACAGCCUACAUGUAUCCAGGAUAGAAUGCAGAGACUUUCACACAGUCAGGAUAACAGUAUAGGUCAGGUAGGCGAUAUAAAUAAUGG